GAAGGCAGAUCGCUAGCCCGGGACGUGGUCCGCCGCGUCGUUUCGAGCCGGAUGAUUCGAUAGUCUUUCGAAGCUCUCUCCGGGUUACCUGUUCUUCGUGGCAAGGAGAGGGAAGUUUACACAUAGAUAAACGGGAAAACGUGUCUUUCGAGACCAAACAAGGAAAAAUCGGUGUUAAUUAUAGAGAAUCGUUUCGAUAAACGAAGGAACUCGUACGCUUAUGACGAGACACGGAAAGGUCGGUGACUAUUAGAGUCAUUUACGGCGAAAAACAAAAAGAUCUCUUUGAAAGUCCUUCAACAUGAGCAAUUGAAAAAUUGGUGAUAAUUCGGGGAAAUUCUUUCGAUCAACAGAAAAAUUGGUCGUCUGAUACGAGAUACAAGAAAGCCCGUUUGCGAGUACUUUUAUACGAAAGGCUGGCAAAUUGAUGACGAUUAGAAACGAUCGUUGUUGCGUCUAUCCAAAAAAGUUGAAUCGUUGCGGAACUCUAGUAAUUUAUUUACUUGCCUACUAAUCCUUCUCCUCGAAACGAGAAAGUUGAGCAACCUGUGACGAUUAGAAGAAUUGUGUCAAAAUUGGUGUGCGAUUUACUCAUCUAAUUAAGAUUUUAAAAAUCUUCAAAUUGAAAGGUUGAUAAACUUGCGAAGAUUAAGGAGAACUGUUACGAAAUAGGUGUUUGUAUCUGUAAUUAUAAGUGAAGAAAAGAAGCAAAUUUUGAAGCUUCCAGUGGUGAAUCGUGGGUUUUUCCAUGCGAAGGUUGCGGUGACAUGGCUGCCGCCCUUUUGGGCAAGUGCGUUGGAUUACUGGCUCUGGUGUUGCUUCUCUAUAGUUGUUGCUAUGGCUUCCGUAUUCGAGAUCAUCCAUCGUCGACGGAGCAACCACAUCGCGCCACCUGCACUUCCAUCUUUGGCAGAUGCCAGGAGAAGACGAUCACGGCCACGUCGAACAAAAAGUGGCACGACACUUCGCGGCUUGCCAGUGCUCCUAGGAAACCACCUGUCGAGCUGACGUCGACGGAUGACGAUAGAGUAACAGAAGAAGAAAAGUAUAUAAAACAUGAAGGAGGUGAACGUGUCUCUGAUUGGAUAGAGAAGAGUCUUGAAGAGGAUGAGGAUGAGGAUGACGAAGUGAUCGUGGAGAUAGAAGAAGAUACUGACGAAGUAAUUGUGAGUUACGAUGAGGAUCAGGAUGAAGAAGAGGAAGAGGAGGAAAUAAGUGAAAAUGAUGAUGAUGGUGAUAGUGAUGAAGAAGAAGAAGAUAGAAAAGUAAUUAUGAAGAAACUUGUAAAGGAUACUGAGGAAGAUGAAGAGAAGAGCGAGAAAGUGGAUUCGAAGAAGAAAGUAAGUUUGGAGAAAGGUUUGAAACAAGAAAAGGAUGAAAAAGACGAAGAUGAGGACGAAGAAGAAAAACAUGGAAAGAAAUAUAGGAGAGAUGUUCAUGGAAAACUGACUGCAAAGAAACUUGUAGAAGAUACAGAGGAAGAUAAGAAGACAAAUGAAAAAAUGGAUUUGAAGAGAAAAAUAAGUUUAGAAAAGGGAUUGAAAGAGACAAUGAAAUCUAAGAAGCAAGAGAAGAUUGAAGAUGACGAAGACGAGGACGAGGACGAGGACGAGGACGAGGACGAGGACGAGGACGAGGACGAGGACGAGGACGAGGACGAAGACGAAGACGAAGACGAAGAUGAAGACGAAGACGAAGAUGAGGACGAAGAUGAAGAAGAAAAAAUUGUUCUACCUCCACCACGAAAACUAGAAAAGGUUAGACACGCGGACAAAGAUAAGAUUAGGUCAGCAGAAAUAGCAAUUGUUACAGAAAAACCAAAGGAAAUACCAAAAGUAGAGAAGAAACCAGAGGAAAGCGUGAAGAAGAUUCAAAAAUUAUAUGAAAAGAAGUCGACGGAAGAACCAUCGAAGCUAGUUGAAGCCACGAAGAAAGUGGAACCCGUGAAAAUAACGAAAGCUGAAAUCGAAUCUCCUGAAUCGAAAAUUGUCGUGAAGCCGGAAAAAAAAGCGCAGAUUUCAGUAAAGACAGAGGAAACGGCGAAGGUUCCGGCGAAGACAGAUGAAAAAGCGAAAGUUCCGGUGAAGACAGAGGAGAAAACGAAGAUUCCGGUGAAGACAGAAGAAAGGACGAAGGUAAAACCGGAAGUGUCGAAAACACGGGAACCGGCAAAAGUGAAAACAACGAGUGCUCAAGCUCCGGCUAAAGUUACAGAAGUUAAGCGAUCCGAUAAAGAUGAGUCGAAAGUAAAAACGAAAACGCACGUGGAAGCUUCUUUCACUUUGGCUCGAUUGAACGAAGCGAUACUACGCGUACCGACAUUCGUGCCAAAUUUCACGGCCGUUGAGAACUUCGAAUGUCAGCAGCAUGGCAAGAUCUUCUUACGACAAUUACGGGGUUAUAAAUUAUGGGCGUUGCAAAUGUUAGAUUCGAGCGCAAAAAUUCCAUCGGGUCUAUUGCGAGGGAACGUGAACCAACUUGGAGAUUUUGACGAGUGUUUGGGUGUGAUGGCGCACGUGAAAUUGAAUGAAAAAACGAUAAGGGUGCAGGGCAAAUAUUGUUUGGCCAAUAUAGAUUUGUAUCCGUCUCAUCCGGACAUGAAGCUUCCGGUUAAUAUGAUGCAGGCACGUUCUUUCAUAAGAGGAAGUAUGUACGACCCUGGUCACUUCAUUCCAAAAUUCACGACAGUGAACUGGGCAGUGUGUCUUCCAGCGGCGUGUUCCGCUGAAGACGCACGAAUCGUUGUCGAGGAAGCAUUGAACGACUAUAACUCUACCGUAGGAAUUACAUUCAUGGUAGAUGUCAAUCCUAACAUGUGCUACGUCAAACAAAAAUCACGAAGCUAUUCGAAAGAGACGAUCGGUGUUCUAUAUUUCUACGCAAUGAUCGUCUGUCUCGUCGCUGUAGCAACCACGAGAGAUUAUUUAGUGGUGUCGGAAGGAAAAGGAAACUAUUCGGAGAGAAUAAUAAUGUCCUUUUCCUUACGGAGAACCCUGAGAUCUUUAUUCAGUAAAGGAUCCAGCUAUGUCGAUAUUACAUGCAUUCAUGGAAUAAGGACACUCGUCACGAUUAUGCUUUACAUUGGUCAUCAAAUCAUACCGAUUUCGAUGUUGCCAUUUUCCAAUCGAAUCGAACUCACAGAGGUAGCGAACUCUCCUAUCAGCUCGAUAAUGAGGGUGUCAAUGGUUUACACAGACGCGUUUUUAUUGCUUAGCGGUGUCCUAGCUGCUUUCAACAUGGCGCACGAAUUUAUAACACGGGGCGAGAUUCGAUGGUUUUGCCGUUUUAUUGCCAGAUAUAUCAGACUCACCCCAGCGUUACUCGCAGUGGUAUUUUGGUACGCAUUCAUAAUGGAGCACAUUGGAUCGGGACCACAAUGGAAUAGCGUCAUAGUACCAAAUGCAGAGCUUUGCAAAAGCAACGCGUGGACGAAUUUGUUAUACAUACAAAAUUUCUUCCCCUUCGAAGAGAUGUGUGCAACUCAUACCCACCAGUUGGCUUUAGACAUGCAAUUGUCACUAUUAGCCCCAAUGUUGGUAUUCUUCUUAGAAUGCAGGCCUAUCAUUGGGAUUCUUGUAAUAUUUUUCUUCGUCUUAUUGUCAGCUACACUCCGUUACGUAGCAACGAUGAGCAAUUAUCUUUCCGUUGUUGUUUUCCAUGGAAUGUCAUUGAAGCAUCUUUACAGGACUGCCAAUUUAGUUUACGCACUACCAUUACAUAGAGCAACGCCGUAUAUAUUUGGUGUAGGACUUGGUGUGUUAUUACGGCACACAGGAAAAGAUGUCAGAAUCCACAAGGUGUUAGUGAUCUUGGGAUGGUUGAUCGCGAUGGCCUUGGGAUCCUGGUCGUUAUUUUCACCAUGGCACUUAGCCAGAAGGGACUAUGUGUACGAUGCUGAAGAAGCAACCAAUUAUGUUGUGAUCAGUCCAGUCUUUUGGACCUUGGCUUUAUGUUGGCUCAUUUUUGCGUGCUACACCAAUCACGGAGGUAUAUUAAAUAGAUUCCUUUCGAACUACUGGCUAUUACUCUUCAGCAGAAUAUCGUACGCUGUAUAUUUAACACAAUUCGCAGUAUUUUUCUACAAUGUUGGGACCACCAGACACUCUAGCGAAUUUCAUCUUCAUAGAGGCCUAGAUCUUCUGGAAGCAGCAACAGUCAUAAUCAUCUCCAUUAUCCUAACUUUAUUCUUCGAUAUCCCUAUGCAAGAGAUCAAGAACGUGCUUAUGGAGAGUACAGACUCCCUGAACGCAGAAGUAUCAAUAUCAGAGAAAUCAGCAAUCGUCGAGUCUUCAAUCUCAGAAAUCUCGAAAACCUCAAAAGCUCCAAAAUCAGAACUCCAUGAAAAGAAAAUGUUCGAAGAAGACGAAGUAGCUUUAACAGGCUGGGACUGGCAAAGAGACAUAGUAGAUGGUGGUACAAAAUACUCCAAUGAGAGUAUAGAAGACGAAGAACGAGUAGACAUGCCUAUUUUAAAAAAGUCAAGUGGCAGAAGACGAUCAUUUAUUAGUCGUGAACCAUCUGAAGCCGAACAUCCGUCAUAUUGGCUAAAGAACGAUAACAAAAGAUUCUCAAAUAAUACUGAAGACUAUAGAGAUCAUAGAAGAAGAAGCAAAAGCAGUCAAAGGGAUUAUAAGGAGAACGAAGCUUUAAGAGCGCAACAAGAGCGAGAAGAAUCAAUUAAACGAAGCAGACGCUCUCUGUCAAGAAGCCUCGACACUAAACAAUUAUCCACACGGGACAGCGAGGAUGAAGAAGAGUAUCCAAGAACCAAAUAUGAAGAAGAAGACGAAAAUAAUCCGAGGUACAGGCGAUCGCAAUCCAGAGGAAGAUCCGUGAUCAGGGAAUCGGAUGAUUAUCGUUCCUGGGACCUUCCUAAAGAUUCCAAAAGACCUUCCAGAAAAUCCGAAGAACGCGAGCCUAUACAAAGACAACCAAGAGUCUCAAAAACCUUUUCCUCAGAAAGCGAAGAAGAACAUUUUCCUCAACAGAGAAGAAUUGAAAAGAGACACGUAGAACCAAGGAUCAGCGACGAAGAGGAUUGGGAGAGCGAGUUGAGAAUACGUCGAAAGCAAUUCAUGGAAAAACUGGCGACACGAGAUCCUGCAUCUGAAGAAGAAAACUUGGUUUCUUUACGAAGAUCUUCAGCGGAAGGAAAGCUAGCAUUGCUAAAAGAUCCAACAGGAGAUGACAAUAUGGAUUCCUGGACGGUUAGUGUAGGUUCGCGUGUUGCUCAAUUAGGCUCUUCUCAAGAACGAAGUGAACCUGAAGACGACUAUAUUCGACGAAGAAGAGAAUAUCGUGAACAGGCUCCGCCUCCAAGAGAAGACACCCAAAGCGAAGAAGAAGCGAUUUGGGAUUCCACAAGAAAAUCUUAUACCAGUAGUAGUCAGGUGACUUCUAUUGAAGAAGACGACGAUAUUGAUACUUAUAACUUCGUUCUAACAAAAGAUAGUAAAAGAAAAUCUGUUCAGGACCUUUCUAGGUUACCUCAGGAAGAUUUUGACUUUGUAGAGUUUGAAUUGACUGUUGGAAAGAAAGAGGGUGAAGGUUUACUUAGGUCUUCUUCUGGUUUGUAUAAAAGAGAGUCGAUUAUUAAAAGCCAGGCUAGUGAAGAAGAUCCUGAGUAUCUUCUUCCCGAAAGGCCAAAAUUGGUGCAGCAGGAGAGAGAGCAUCCUUUUAAGAAAGCUUGGCAGAUGCAGAAAUCUAGGUCUGAGGAAGAUAGCGCUGCAUACGUUAUUAAAGAAUCUAAAGAACAAUCUAAAACAGAAAUGAAAUCGAAAGAUGACGAAAUUAAGGAAACUAAAGAAAUUAGAAAGGAAUUUAGUGGAGAACAGUACGAAGACACUGGUAUGUUUGCUGAUGAUGAGUCAGAAUCGGUUAUGCUGGCUCAUAGUAGUAGUGAUAUUGAUGAUAACACGAGAAUGAGUUCGAGGUCUGAAGAAACGGAGUCAGUUUCAACUGAGAAGAGUAAGAGUUCUAAGAAAAAUAGUGUGAAGUCAUCGGACGUUGAGGAGGAUUCUCUGAGAUCUAAUUGGCCAUCGGAGGAGGAGCAAGUUUAUAGAAGCGGUCCUAGGAGUAAAUCGGAGGAGGCAGAAUGGAACUGGGAAAGAGAAGAGACUUGAUGAAGUGAGUGAGUUAUGGAGUAAGAAAAAUGAUUAUAAAUUAAAUAUAAUGAGGUAAAUUAUUCUGCUUGGAUUGGUUGAGAGGGAAGGGGAAAGCGAAGUGGACUGGAUUUUGGGAAGGAAGGAGUGAGGAUUUGAAAGGAAAAAUGGAUCAUUGAAGAGUUGAUGAUUGAUAGAUUUAAUUAUCGUUCCGUGAGAGAGAAUAGAAAGAACGUAUUUUUACAAUCGUUUUAUUCUUUUAUUACAGUUUUAAUCGUUUUAUUACAGUCAAUCAGAAGUCUACGUACACCGCUAUUUAUAAAUCACAUAAAGCUUCUAAUACAUUAGCUAUACAGAAACCGAGUAUACGAGUUAAAUAAAAUCUUAACUUUUGGUAUUGAUAAACUUAAAAUUAAAAUUUCGUCCCAAGAGUUUGUAAGCUAAAUGUUAAUAUUAUUUUAAUUUCUUCUAGAAAUAUGUUAAUAUAUUGAUCAAAUUCAUUUUAUGUCUUAAUGAGAAUUGAGUAAGAUGUGUAGAAUUUUGUGACCGAUUGUACAUCUUCUCUGCAGUUGUCUCUUGUUUCUGGUUUCAAGCCCAAGAUCGUUUAUCUGUAUUUAAAUCUAUCGUCAAAACACAUAAGUCGAAUGUAAUCGUGGAAUUACAAUACAUGUUAAAAGCGUUGCGAAUGACAAGACCAAAUUACGAAACCAUUUUCCGUAGAGUAUAAUAAAUUAUUCGUUAAAUAUACAUAUAUUAGCAUCGUGAAUGAAUGAGAUAGUAGUAUUGGAAAAUUCCGUAUUUCUUCGGUAUUUAUGACGUUCCUUAUCUUCUUACAUUUGAUGGAAUUUGUUUAUUGUAAAGGAUACGAAGGAUACUGGUAAUAAAAUUAUGUUAAAAAAUUGUCUUCCUUAUGAAA